UCCUCCAGUCUUUUAGCUCUGUUAGAACACGAGACUCUAAGCUUACUGGAGAGCCAUCUUGCCUUACGGCACCAGGCCGCUUUUUACGGCAUUUUCCGCCUUGCCAUUCACUUCGCUGUAAAGAUGGCGUCGGGCAGCGGGACAAAAAACUUGGACUUUCGCCGAAAGUGGGACAAAGAUGAAUACGAGAAACUCGCCGAGAAGAGGCUCACGGAAGAGAGAGAAAAGAAAGAUGGAAAACCAGUGCAGCCGGUCAAGCGAGAGCUUCUGCGGCACAGGGACUAUAAGGUGGACCUGGAAUCCAAGCUUGGGAAGACAAUUGUCAUUACCAAGACCACCCCACAGUCUGAGAUGGGAGGAUAUUACUGUAAUGUCUGUGACUGUGUGGUGAAGGACUCCAUCAACUUCCUGGAUCACAUUAAUGGAAAGAAACAUCAGCGAAACUUGGGUAUGUCUAUGCGUGUGGAACGUUCCACACUGGAUCAGGUGAAGAAACGCUUUGAGGUCAACAAGAAGAAGAUGGAAGAGAAACAGAAGGAUUAUGAUUUUGAGGAAAGGAUGAAGGAGCUCAGAGAAGAGGAGGAAAAGGCCAAAGCGUACAAGAAAGAAAAACAGAAGGAGAAGAAAAGGAGAGCUGAGGAGGACUUGACAUUUGAGGAGGAUGAUGAGAUGGCAGCUGUGAUGGGUUUCUCAGGCUUUGGUUCCACCAAGAAGAGUUACUGAGGCUUUCUAUGCUUGGCCUAACUUUGGCCUAUGCUGGACCUGACUAUGUGCGUGUGUGUGGGGGGAGUUCAUUUCUUUUUGGGUACUGGGGAAAGUCCUUAAGAGUGUCAAUGGGGAGGACUAGAGGGUGGGUAUUUGGUUUCCCUCUACCUUCAGAGGACACAGGAUACAAAGGUAAUGCUGUGGCACAUUCCUUCAGCCUCAGUAUAUAUCACUGGAGUCACAGGACCUCUGCCUAUCUGAGUUCCCAAUAAAGAAAAACCUCCCCUUCUGAGGCUGCUUCCCCGAAACUCCUGCAUCUUUCCCUCUUCAUCUAUCCAACCUCUUGUCUGAGCAUCCUACCUUUAUCCUGUGUUCUGCCUUUUUUUAAAUUUUCAAAACUUUUGUUCAGCCUGCAACAGAAGCGAUCUCUGGGUUCCCAGUUUGCAGUUGGUGGCAUAUCCUUGACCAGCCCCCUCCUCCCAUCUGGCCCUGUGGUUCUCUAGCCACUUGUGCAUGCAUGUGUACUUCUGCCUGGGUCAAUGUAUGUGUGGGUGUGUGUGCAUGAAUCUGUCACAUAGAGGGGGCCUGAGCUCAGAGCAUUGCUGGCCUGGGCCUGAUGUUCUUGGCUUCCUCAGAGCAUGUAACAGGAAAUUAAAUGGGAUGAGUGUUUGGUGUGGUUUAUGUCUGAUAAGUUUUUUUUUUUAACAUUGUUCAGAUGUAGAUUGUUUCAGCUUCUGUUUGUUUCAUUUUACUGAGGAUUUCUCUGUUUUUGUCUUCCUUGUGAGCAGGCUCUUGGAAGAAUCUGUUUGAUGCAAAAAAGAAAAUGAAAAAAAAAAAACCAAAACCUCACUGUGGGAGCCCUCGGGUCUUAGAGGCUGUUCAGCGUGUAUAAUAAAUGGCAUUGGCUGGGCCUGUUUCACA